AUGGUUUCUGCGAGAGCAUUGAAAGAGUGGGGAAUUUUCGGCGCUUUGCUCGUUUGUGCGUUUCAAAUUUUUUUUAAUUUUUAAAGACUUCUUUAAAAAUUUUGAACUUCAUAUGUAUGUUUUUCUUACAGCAAUGCACGUGGCCUAUUACACAAUUCAGAGCAACGAGUCAUUGGUUGCUCCACAUCAGGUUUGUUCCAAAAUUUUAAUUUAUUCUCUCAAAUUUUGAUAAGUCACAAGUUUUUGUUCGAAUCCAUUACAAUAAUCGGACAUUUUUCUGUAUAACUAGUCAACUUUAUUUUUUAACACAUACACGUGAAAUGUGAAAAUUGAUUUAUAACCCGAGAGCUAAAGAAAAAAAUAAAUUGCAUCAUGAUUGCUUUUUAAGUUGGUUCUUUUUCUUUUUCAGAGACAAGAACUGUUCUACAUCCGGUGGUUAAAAGAGAAAAUCCCAGCGUUACGUCCAUAUGGAGUACAAGAAGAAAAGCCGCAUCCACCGCCUUCAGACAAAUAA